GUCGCAUUACGUCAUACCUGUAUGCUUGCAGCGCAAAUAAGUCUCCUAACCCCCAAAAUCCAAUUUAGGGUUUAUCGAUAUUAAAGAGCAUUCAACAUCAUGAUUCGAUCUUCUUCACGUGUUUUGUACAAAUUACGCACUCAGUGUAGAUCCUCUUCGUCUGUUCCCUCAUGCCGAACACUGCUCUCGUCACCGAUCACUGGCACCGCCGUUCGGCGGUUCACAGCCGAUGUGGCGACUGGAAAUAAAAGAGAAACUGGAAAUUUCAGCUCUUUAGUUUCUCUGCGGUCAAGGUUUCAAGUGUCUAGGAUUAAUGGAGGUGGUAACGCGAGUGUUUCUGAUUCGAGAUCGUUCGCAUCAAGAGCUUCACGAUCAACAAGUGAGAAAGCCUCAGAGAGCAGGAAAGAUGUAACAACUGUUGAAGAUCCAUUUGAUGCUCCCACUUACAAUAUACCAGAGAAGCCAAUGACAUUUACAGAGGGAGCUUCAUAUAGUGUUGUUAUCUUGGUAGGCCUUGGAAUAGCUGCUGCAGCAGGAUAUGGUGUUUUCAAAGAACUUAUAUUUGAACCAAAAGAGUACAAAGUUUUUAACAAGGCUCUGCGCAGGAUUCAAGAUGACAGUCAGGUUAGAGUGAGAAUUGGCUCACCGAUUACAGGAUAUGGUCAGGAAAGUAGAAACCGAGCGGCUCGCCAACGAAUCCCUAAUAGAGUUUGGAAGGAUGAAGAUGGUGUUGAGCAUGUUGAGGUUAAUUUUUAUAUCCGGGGCCCACAUGGAGCUGGGAAGGUUUUCACGGAGAUGUUUAAAGACAAAGAGGACAAGAAGUGGAAGUUCAUGUAUUUACAAGUUGAGAUCCACUCACCUUCCCAAUCAAGAAUGUUGCUUGAAUCUUAUAUUCCUGCUUGAUUAAUCUAUUCAAUCUCCAAGAUCUAUAAGGCAAAUGGAUUUUGCUAAUAUGCAAACACAAGUUGAUGAACUCAUAUAAAGUCCAAGACAAGCUCCUUGUGUGUUUUCAUGACUUUUGUUCUCAGUAGAUCUUUGUAACAACUUCAUCCCUUUUUUCCUCCAUAGCGAAAUGGUGGUUUGGUCAUUAAUUCAUAUAGUAGGAUGAAUAAACUUGUUUGAUUAUUUGUGAAAGUAAGCCAUGAAAUUUUGAAGGGAUGUGAUGCUCAUUUGCUCAAAAUCAAAUACCUUGUCUUUCCAAUUCGA